GAGCUAUUCAACUGCAACAUUUCAUUUUAGCCAUUUUAAAGGAAAUCUAUUGGAGAUACAUAGAUGAACUGGGAGGCCAAAAUGAUAAAAUUGCAGAUCUUGCUGUGUUUGUCUGGCAUCACAAAUCACUCUGUCCCAUCCUCUCAUGGCUGGCAUCACCUUCAGGACUGAAUGGCUCUCUUUGCAUGGCAACUGUGUCUGUGACAGGGCAGGAGAGCUCCAAAGGAUGAAUUCCCUGGUCAGCACCUCACACCUCCAGCUUGCUGCCUUUGCUCUGGGCACCAUAGGCUGGAUCCUGUGCACCAUUUCAAUGGGAAUUGUGGAAUGGAGAGUGUGGCAUGUGGACAACACCACCGUCAUCUCCUCUGGCAUUGCCUGGGUGGGGAUUUGGAAAGUCUGCUUCAUCAGUUACCUUUACGUCUCACCUGGCUACAGAGAACAGUUUUGCCAUAAAUUCAGUGGCUAUGACUCCUUUAUCCCCCAUGAAAUUUACGCUGCUCAGGGUCUCCUGUUGAUCGCCAUGUUCAUGGGCUUGCUGGGACUGGCUGCUACAAUAUUUGCUCUGAGGAAUGUGUAUAUGGGAGUCACUCACAAAACUCUCAUUGCCCCGUUCUUCCUGGUGGGUGGCUUCUUCUACAUACUUGCUGGUCUGUGUGUCCUGAUUCCCGUGAGCUGGAAUUUCUAUUCUGUAACUCACAACCAGAGCAUAGCUUUUCCUCCUUCUUACUACAUGCCCUCCAGUCCAGCGGCACAGGAAGCUGGUGCUGCCAUUCCUGUUGGGAUUGUGGCUGUCAUCCUCCUGCUGCUAAGUGGGACAUUUUCUCUCUCAUACAGAUUUCCCAUGAUUACAAACACUGUCACGAAAUCCUGACAGGACAAAUCCCCCAUGCUAUUU